UACCCGGCCUGCCCCGCGCGGUCGCCCCCGGAAGUGAAUUUGGCGUCGCGAGUGGCCGGGGUUUCCGCGAGUUGUGGCCUCGCGUGUCCGCGGCUCCAUCGCGGGGCGGCGGAGCCCGACGGACGGGGGCUGGUCGGCGGCCGCCAUGGCCGGGGAUCAGGACAUGUUCGACGCUGUCGUGAUGGCAGAUGAGAGGUUUCACGGGGAAGGGUACCGAGAAGGCUAUGAAGAAGGAAGCAGUUUGGGUAUGAUCGAAGGGAGACAGCAUGGCACGCUCCAUGGAGCUAAAAUCGGAUCUGAAAUCGGGUGCUACCAAGGGUUCGCGUUUGCUUGGAGAGGUCUCCUGCACAGUUGCGCCACUGAGAGAGACAGCAAAAAGAUGAAGGUCUUAGAGGCAUUGAUUGGGAUGAUUCAGAAGUUCCCUUACGAUGACCCUACUUAUGAUAAACUUCACGAAGACUUAGACAGAAUUAGAGGGAAGUUUAAGCAGCUUUGUUCAUUACUGAACGUUCAGCCCGACUUUAAAAUCAGCACAGAAGGUUCUGGACUUUCAUUCUGAGGACGACAGAUGAACAAAGAGGGGACGUCAAGGAGCAGAUGUUCACGUGUUAAGUGUUGAAAAACGUGAUUAAAAGCAAGACAGUGGGGAGGAUCCAUCGUUUUGCAGGGUCGGGUCCAAUUUGGCCGGUGAAAGGGCCCCCUUCCCCGAGGUCCCCCCGCGUGGCCUGCGUCCUCCCCCGCCGGGGGCCCCUCCGCACAAGCCCGUCCUGGGUCAGGUCCUGUCUGCCCCACACUCUGGGCGCGGCCCUGGCAGAGCCCUCGAGGGCUGCUCGUCUCUGCUCCAGGGUCCGGCCGCCGGCACAUGGGUUCCUGCCACCUGGCAGGCCUGGCUGGAUCCAGACCUGGCUCUGGAUGGAAGAAACACCCCUGUUCCUCCUCAGGCUUUGGUCAGUGCUCAGAGGGGCUGUUUUUUCAGAAAUGAGGGGACAGGGUUGGCAUGGCAGGAGUGACGGGUACUGUGGCAUAUAGUGACUCUUGAGAAGCGCCAACGCUUUGUGACCUGCCUCUGGUGUUUUAUUUAUUCCCUUCGGGAGCCCACGAGGCAGGCGUUACUGGUGGUUUAUAGAGGAACCCAAGGCCUGAGAGACCGCCCGGUCCAAGGGCUGCGGGCGGCAGAACUGGGACUCCGGCCCUGGUGCUCGUCCUGUUUCCUGGUGUCCUGGGACGCACGCUCACACCCACAGGCCCGGGGUCCCUGCCUGCGAACAGUGCUGUGCUCGUUGCCUCCUGUGCCGUGGACGUGGGCAUCUGGCUGAGAGGAGGAGAGGCCGGCCCUGUGCCCGGGGAGCCGGGACAUGCUCUUCCGCGUCCCCGGGUGCAGGGCGGUACUCGUCGUUAAAAAUGGUCCCGGGGGAGAUCUGAAGGCCGCCGCUCCGCAUGCAGGCACCUUGGGGUUGCUGUGAGUCUAGUCCAGCUUUUAAAAUCCUCCCAGAGCAUCUGGUGCGCUCUGCUCCCCUGGCAGCUGCUGAGGGUCCCUGCGGGGCCUGGACGUUGGGCUCCCGGGCGCCCAGGAGGGCGGGUCGGCGUCUUGAGGCUGGUGGACGCGCUGCAGCUCCGCCCCGUGCGUCUCGCUGUGCGUUCCUGGCCUGCAGCCCCUUCUCAGCUCUGGGCGGCCGGGCCUCGGCUAUGCCGUCGUCGCAGAGACCACCAGCUCGUCUCCGUCCAGCGGGGUGGAGGGCUCUCGUCGUCAUUUUCCUGGGUGGAAUUUUGUGUUUCCUAAGCUAGCUGUUUGGAUAAUGUAUUAUUUUUAUAAUUGGAGAAAAAAAAAAAUAAACAGCAUAUUUUAAAGCCAAA